GAGAUCAGUCUAGUCAACAAGCAGUAUCCCUCUGAGCCAUUCAAGUUUCUAGAACCUAGCUUGGUCCUGAACUACAAAGAUGGUGUAGACAUGCUGAGAGAGGUGGGCGUUGAGAUGGGUGAUGAAGACGAUCUGUCGACCCCCAAUGAGAAGCUCCUGGGAAAGUUGGUCAAAGCUAAGUAUGACACUGAUUUCUUCAUCUUGGACAAGUAUCCACUGGCUGUGAGGCCGUUCUACACAAUGCCGGACCCAUUCAAUGCUAAGUGGUCCAACUCCUAUGACAUGUUCAUGCGUGGAGAGGAGAUUCUCUCUGGGGCUCAGCGAAUCCAUGACCCAGAGUUAUUGUCCAAGCGAGCCCUGGAACAUGGCUGUCAGCUGGAUAAGAUCAAGGGCUACAUUGAUAGUUUCAGAUAUGGUGCUCCGCCUCACGCUGGUGGAGGUAUAGGUCUGGAACGAGUGACUAUGUUGUACCUUGGUCUGGACAAUGUGAGAAAGACAUCCUUGUUCCCUCGUGACCCUAAGAGACUGACACCAUAA